AUGAAAAACUCAGACUGUUCAUCUGUAGCUGUCAUCACUUUGCUGGUGGUGUUGGUUGAACUUCUUCAGACACGCCUUUGCCCAGUGGUCCAGAGAUUCACAGACGAAGCAGCAGUACUGGUUCCUGUGUCUGUUUGCAGUGAGAAGUGUCCUUCAGGAACACGUAAAGUUCUCCAGAAAGGGAAACCUGUUUGCUGCCAUGACUGUUUAAGAUGUGCAGAGGGAGAAAUGAGCAACAUCACAGAUUCUAACACCUGUGUAAGAUGUCCACCAGAAUCCUGGUCAAAUGACAGAAGAGAUACCUGUGUAAUAAAAGAAGCUGUUUUUCUGUCCUAUGAAGACAUCAUGGGGAUGAUUCUCACCGCUGCAGCUUUAUUUGGAACAUGUAUGACGGCUGCUGUAGCUGUGAUUUUCUUCAGACACAGGACAACUCCUCUUGUCAGAGCAAACAACUCUGAGCUGAGCUUCCUGCUGCUUUUCUCCUUGACUCUGUGUUUUCUCUGCUCUCUGACCUUCAUUGGACGUCCCUCUGAGUGGUCCUGUAUGCUCCGUCACACAGCUUUUGGCAUCACCUUCGUCCUGUGCAUCGCCUGUGUUUUGGGGAAAACUAUGGUGGUUUUAAUGGCAUUUAAAGCUACUCUUCCAGGCAGUAAUGUGAUGAAAUGGUUUGGGCCUACCCAGCAGAGACUCAGUGUUCUUUGUUUAACUUUUGUACAAGUUGUCAUCUGUAUUCUUUGGUUAACAAUUUCUCCUCCAUUCCCAUCUAAGAACUUUAAGGAAUUCAAAGAUAAAAUAAUUUUGGAGUGUGCUCUGGGCUCAGCUGUGGGUUUCUGGUCUGUACUUGGGUACAUUGGAUUUCUUGCUGUGUUGUGUUUUGUUUUUGCUUUUCUGGCUCGAAAACUACCUGAUAAUUUCAACGAAGCUAAAUUUAUCACCUUCAGCAUGCUGAUAUUCUGUGCAGUAUGGAUCACUUUUAUCCCAGCGUAUGUCAGUUCUCCUGGAAAAUUUAGUGUUGCUGUAGAAAUCUUUGCCAUUCUUGCUUCUAGUUUUGGACUGCUGAUUUGUAUCUUCAUCCCAAAGUGUUACAUCAUGUUAUUGAAACCAGAAAGAAAUACAAAAAAGAUGUUGAUGGGGAAAGGAUCAUAAAAAAUAUAUAGAAAAUAGAAAACUGUCAUAGUAAAAGCAUGCAUAUUCCUGUGAUAAUUUUGUACUUGAAAUAUUUUUUUAAAUUCUUUUAGUGCAUAUUUUAUUCAUUUCUGUAAUCACCAACAAAUGUUUCUGCUUCAUUUCACACAUGUGUAG